AUGCAGGCCCCGGGGAGCGGCCAAGAGCCACGCCCGCCCCGGACGCGAGAGGCGGCGGAGCCGGGAGAGAGGCGGCGGUCCCGGGAGCGCUGCCCCCCUGCCCCCCCCCCGCCCGCAGAGCCCCGGGGCUGCGGCACCGGCGCGGCCAUGGGCAGCGGCAGCAGCCGGCGGCGGGGAGCGGCGGCGGCGGGGGCGGCAGCGGAGAGGCGAGCGGUGCCCGCGGGCGGAGCGGCAGCGGCGGAGAACUGGCAGCUGCUGGAGACGGUGCUGACCGAGGGCGAGGAGGCGGCGGCGCUGCCCGCCCCCGGCCGCACGGCCCCGGCUGCAGGCAGCAUCCCCCCGCCCCGGGACUGCGGGCGCUGCGGGGAGGCUGCGGGGGAGCACGGGGGGAUCCCGCCCCAGCAGGCGGCUCUGUCAACCAGCAGCCCACCAGACCCAGAGAACACUGCCAACCAUCAGUGCCCACACACGAACAGCAAGAAGCCAUCAGGGCAGACCACGAUCUCCUAUGAUUAUGCAGAGGAGGAGCUCAUGGCAAGCAUUGAACGGGAGUACUGCCGCUGAGCACAGCCACAUUCCACAGGAACUUCAAGCACGUUCCUGGAAGUCCAGCUGGAGCAAAGCUGCUGCUGAUAAAAUGACCCCUCACAUGGUGGGAUGGCACAGGAGAGGUGGGUGACAAAGAGAGGUGGAGCACAAGAAGCAGUGUGACUGCUUAGGAAGCACAAAUGGGAAAGUUUUGAGUGACAGGGUGAAGAUCCUCACCAACAGUUGAUUUCUGAUGGGUGCCACUGGAAGAGGGACCAAUCCGUCCUGUGAAUCAAUAUUUAGAAGCUCAUCUCUAAAUAGUAUUUACAAAUGAAGGCGUGCUAAAAUUAAAGUGGCAUACUAGAAUAGAAAUGUUGAGACAUGGUGUAUUGAAGGAAGAUCUUGUUUUGUCUUAUUAGGGAAAAAAAUGCAGCAAAAUCAUUUGAUUCAGCUCUCACUUUAGGGGAUGUUGCAUGAAAUUCAUGUUCCUGCCAUUUAAAAUGGGCUAAAUUCACUCCUUGAGCUGUGCAAGUCUCUGGUCCAAGUAUGAAUUUGACACUGUCUUUUCAAACAUGGUCCUCACCCCAAGUAUGGACUGUAAGAUGAAAAGAGGAGUGAGACCACCAUCCAGUUAGUAUGUAGCAUCUUCCCAGAGUUAAAAUCCCACCACUUAAGAAAAGAAAGCUCUUGGGAGCAUAGAAUUUGUAUGAUUCCUUUGGGGCAGGAUCCUGGCAUUGGUACCUGGGGCUCCUUGGCAUGGAUCCUCCAGCAAAAGCAGGAGACACAUCCCUGGAGCUGCCUCACUGCAGCCAGCAGCUAUCAUUUCAUUUUGAGAGAGGCUUGAACACUAUUGCAGUGCAGCUGUUCACCAUCAGUUUUCAGAACUAUCAGUCCUGGCUUUCCCAGUUAUUUCUUGUAAGUAUCCUAGAAGACAAAUCGCUAUCCUUUACCAUAACCUAGGAGACAAUCACUACCUUUUACCACUAGCUGACCGCAAGUAAAACAGAAAGUCAGCUCUGCAGAGAUAGCUGUACUUUCAGUGCUCCCUGACAGGGAAGCCUGGAAUUUUUAGGGUUUCUGCCUUUAUUUUACCUGCAUCUUAAUAUGUUAUGAGUAGCUGUUUAUUAUCAGAAGAGGAAAGUCAACUUAUUUCUGUCUUCAGUGGAAGCAUAAAAGAUAUCAGAUGAAAUCUUCAUGUGGACUUUAUAAGAUCAAACAGCAGGAUUCUUCUUAACAUGCUGUAUUUUAACUUCUUUUUAAUUUCUGGUAUAUGUCAACCAGAAAUAAACACA